GGAAAGAUGUGGCUAUGUUUACGUCUAUGAGACUAUCUGAGGAAUUGUCUGGUGAUGUGGCAGCUCAGCAGCAGUACCGCCCUCUGACAGGCAACGAGAACGUUCCUAGGAAUCUAAAGGGCCUUGAAGGUAGUUGUGAGGAAGUACUGGUUGGCAUUUGACACAUACAUCAACCUUUGAACUAUGACGUCAACAAUGGGUCCUGUGAACUAUAUUACGUCCGGACGGGAAAUGUCUUUUCAACCUAACGUCUCAACAGCAAACAGCAGCACUGAUCAUUCUCAAGUAACACUCACAGGGUACAUCUUUGACGAGAAGCUGAUUGCUCAGUUUGACUUCUUUUUCAACUGCUUCUUUCUCCACUUCUUGUCCCUGAUCGGCGUUGUCACCAACAUCUUAAACAUCUUUGUCCUGUGGAGGCACAGCUUCAGUGAGACCACAACGAUCUGGUUGUUGUCUAUGUCCGUCACCGACCUUAUCACUUCCGUGGUCCAUCCCUUGCGUAGAAUCAACUGUAUCGUUGACCAGUUCGACCCCGUGGCUGGGCUCACCAGCAGGGCCGUGUCUGUCGUGUAUUUGGUCAACAUACCAGACAUUUUCAUCUCUGCCAGCAUGUUUAUUACUACAGCGAUCGCCGUAGAGAGACUUGUUGCAGUGUUGCUGCCGUUGAAAGUGUCCCAGAUCUUCACACCAUCACGAGUGAUAUGGACCAUCGCCCUUCUUUACGCCUACACUGUCAUCAUGCUCGGCCCCACCUGGUUCUUUCUUAGCUACAUUAUCAUCUUCGAUCCCAUAUACAACGUCACGCGAGGUGGCUACAUGCUCAGCCAGUUCUACGCCUCGGACUACGAGAACCUUACCAAAUACGCUACUGGGAGCUUAACUCAGCUCUUCACCAGUGUGACUUUUAUAACAAUAGUGACAUGCUCCGUCAUUCUGUCUAUAAAGCUGACUAUUAGCAGAAGCAAAACUCUGGCCAAGAUGACCUCCUGGAAGUCAGGGUCCAGGCAAGUCAGGGACAUGAAGGUAGUGAAGAUGUUGCUGACUGUUUGUCUGGUCAACGCAGGUAUCUCCAUCCCAACGGUCACUAUACAAUUCUUCCUCUUGUACUCCAACCUGUCCAUACUGUCCGCAGGUAAAUUUCACUACCUCCUUCGUAGCAUCGUUAGCAUCCUGUACCAGGUAAACGCCGAUGUCAACUUUUUCAUCUAUGUCACAGUGAGCACAAAGUUUGCCAAAACUUUGAGAACAAUGCUUCAAUGCUUCAGACUCCGACCAAGUUUUAAUAUAGCAAAAGCAGAUGUGCAUGGCAUGGAAAUGGAAGAAUAAUACUUUCGUAUUACAUCUAAUAUCAUAUAAACCAACAAAAACACGAAAGGAUAAUAAAGAAUCUAUGAUGACCUUUUAUUUCUAGAUUCUUGUUAGUGAACCCUAUAGAUGUUGAAUAAAAUGAAAAUUAAAAGAUAAUUAGUUCCAGGGUUUAAUUAAUAUACUGCAGUGCUGACUGUAUGGCUGACCAGAGCCUAACUCUUUAUUGGUUCUCUACAAACUCUGAAGCUAUGAUAAAACAAUGUUAAAAUGUAUAUGUCCUAAUAUUCUAUUCCUUUUUUUUCCACUUAUUAAUACAAGUAAGUGAAAUUUUACUAAAGCAUUGAAACAGGAUAGAGGGCGCCACACAUUUUAAAUCCGGUACUUUACCUCCGAGGUGAAAGUUCAUAAAUUCUUACUAUUAAGAGUGUAUUUAUUGAUGUAUUAAAGAGUAUUGUAGAGCCAUUGGGUAGUAUUUGAAUGGCUGCUUGACAGGACUAGGUUCACCGCAGUCUUAAAUUUGAGUUCUGAUUU